AUGUCAGGUGAGGUGAUGGCAUCUGAAGCCGUGAGUCGCUUCAAGGUGGCCAUUCAAGGCAAAAGCGUCGAGGAGAUAGCCACGCUGCUCAAUCAGCAGGACAGGCAGAACUGGGCUGCAUGCGUGGCGGUGCUCGACGAGAAGGUUCGAGGGAGAAUGGUGGCCAUCCUCAAGCAGCGCCAUGAAGCGAAAACAGCAGCAGCAGCAGCAGCAGGGUCCUCGUCAAGCAACCAGAAGACGACCGACUUAAAACAACCAGCAGCAGCGGCAGCAUCUACGAGUGGUCUACGGACACUUGCCGCUCUUGAGAUUGACGCCACCACAUUGCGCGAGACCCUCUCCUCGAUGCCGUCCGCAGGGCGCUCUUCACGUUUGGCGACGCCCAGGAAUGCUCAGAGGCUAGCGCCACGGCAGCCCACCACUACCUCAACCACUGGCUGGCGGCUCUGGUGACCGUCUUUGAUCAGUGCGACAGCCAGGCGGGCGGCAGGGGAGCGGCAGCCACCAAGUUCAUGGCCUUCCUGAGCGAUGUCUUCCCACAAGAGAUGUCCGAGUACGACACGAAGAAGGCAGUGACGUCCAAGGCGACCGAUGCCAUAAAUGACGAAGGAGAGGACAUCGAGGCCCUCACACACAUGGCAGCCGCCGCCCAAGAGCAGCCAGAUGGUGAAGCUGCUGCACCGGCGGCCAUCCAGGACGGCCGCUGUCCCGCUGCGGACAGUCUGCUCCCCCCUGAUCGCUUCUUCCACCGUCUGGCCUUCAGAGAUGCGCGCAGCAGGUCGCUUUGUGCGUGCAUGCGGCCACCGCAGGCCGCGUCUUUUUGUAUGUGUGUGUGUAUGUGUGUGUGAGUGGUUUCUUUCUUUCUUCUGCGGGCUAA